AUGCACUGGACCGAAGAUCAGAGCAUCUUUGAAGGGAGAUCGCGGGACGAGCGGCUUUUGAAGAUUUGGGACCGGUAUUUGCGAUGGUGCAAAGACACACUGCAAAAGAAGGCUAGUGCAUAUCCAAGUGUUGGACAAAAAAAACUCAAUGGAGCGGCAAGCCGCCUUCUGGUACAGUUUGCGGUGAUCCUAUCUGGAGAGAUUUACGAAGACCGUCCAUCAGAUCAUGGGCCUGGCUUGAUGCCAAAUGAAGCUAACAUGGUCGUGGAACGCGAGUACAUCCGCUACAGGGAAAAUUACAACAGUUUGGCCAUAUGGGCAUUGGAAAGCGACAAAUGGAACACCUUAGGCUUGUCUAAGGAAGCCCUUAGGAGAGAAGACAGCGCUCUGAGAAUCCUCCGAGACGCAGAACCCGGAGCCGGAGCCGAACCCAUAACCGGUCAACCCAGGGAGCAUUUUGGACUAACACUGGCCGGCAUUCGCGCUGAGACGUCGCUUCCGGAAACCUUCCUUGCAGUUGCCACGCGUCAUGCUGCAGCUUUAGCGGUGAAAGGUCCACCGGGAUUGAGAGAUGGUGUUGUGCCGCUGACAGUAGAGAAGAGGCUGCAGACGGAAAAGUUUCAAGUCAGCUCUGCUUCUCCGGAGUUUGUCGGUCCAGAGAGGAUUACGGCUCUAGAAGAGAAGUUUGCGGCCAUGCAAGCCAGCAUGACCAGGUUGAUCGAAAUCCACGAAGGCAAAGGCGAUGCUGGGUUUGCCACAGCAGACGAAGGUUCAUCAGGCAGAAUGUAUCCCACAGCACCAAAAUCCGCAGCCAAAGCCAACCUUGCGGCCAAGGCAAAAGUUCGAACUCAACCUGCUCCUCAUGCUCCUCCUCCAGGCCUGGCAUCCCUGCAUGCUUACCCUGGGCUGGAUCCCGGGGUGGUUGCAUCAGCGCUGCAAGCGGGCAUACCGCCCGAGCACUUACAGACAAUGAGCAAUGUGCUGAAGUCGGGUCCUGCAAAGUUAGAGGACUAUCCUCGGUCAGGUGCUCCACUGCAGCAAGCGCAUCCAGUUUCGGACGAGGAAGACGUAGAAGAGCCUGCUCCGCCAACAAUGGGCGAUCCUAUGGCCGAUGCAGUGGUGAAAUUGACCCAGAUCAUGGCCAAAAUAACAAAGCCUGCGCAGACCAGCUCCAGCUUGGAAGAGACGCUGGACCAAGUAGGCGGAGGAGGAUCUGGGUCGGGCGAUGUUUCUUCAGCCAUGGGUCGGAAGCACGCAGCCGCAAGACGUGCAUUGCAAAAAGCUUUUCAGGAAGAUGCUUCGCAAAUUUGGCGGAGCGUGGAGGCCAACAUGGCUCAGGAUUUCAAUUUGCAGACGUCGCUGCCCAAUGCAUCAAUGGCAUUCACAGCACGCGGCUGGUGCGAGCACAGGUCAAAGAUCCAGCCAUACAUUCGGACUUGCCGUUGGAUUUGGGGCAUCUCGGGAAUUUUAGACGAUCUACGCACGGGCCAGAACGAUCGGGCCCGUGCACGGUGCUGUCUCCUUCUCGCCGCUGCAGAGCAGGAAAGCUUGGACCACGGCUCCUUCCUCCUCAGCCAGGAGUUCCUCAUGGAGCCUGCAGUGCCACUAUCCAGCUUCCAAAGCCACGUGCUCCCAGACACCACGGAAAUGGCCACAACACGACUUUUAGACCCAAGGUGGAUCGAAGCCUUUGCAGAUCGUCUGAAGCAAUUGGACACAUACGUCGAGAUGAGACGAAAAUUGACCUUGCGCUCUCGAGGGCAGGGGCAGAGUCCGUCGCAGCCAGCCGAAGCUGCAGCCAAAAGCAAAGGCAGUCAGAAAGGCAAAGGCAAGAAGAAAGGAAGGGAGGGGGAAGCGGACUCAGUGGAGGGACAAGUUCCUACUGGCUGCUCUUUGCCGAGCUCUUCGUCCUCAACACAGGGGGUUUGGAGCCCUACUGUGCUACACGGUCGGGAGCAGUCGGGAAAGAAUUUGCCUUGCGGUGAGCCGGACGUGGCGAGUGCUGCUGUUGUGUCUCGUGCUGCCGGUGCUUUGAGAGCCCAGCAGAAUGUCCCCAUCAUUGACGAAGUGCAGAUGGGUGACGCUUCCGCCCCUCUUCCACCUAUGAUGCAUGACAUCGCUGUUGGCAGAAAUGUUCCAGGAUCCCAUGCCAGCGACGUAAGAAUUCAAUCCGUUUGGCAAGCGAUGACUCGCCAGGUCUUGAAAUCCAAAACUGGAUUCAGCUUUUUCUUUCAAGCCAUGCAUUCCAAGCCACUGAGGGGUGUUGACAAGCCCCUCACGGCCUCACUUUGGCCCAUGCCAUUGCCUUACCAUUUUGGAAGGCAGAGCUCUUCUUUGGACGGUGCAGAACUGGCUUUCAGAAAGGCUAUCAACCUCCAGGUCGGAUACCUGAAUUAUUUACAUUUGAAUAAACCUUCAAAGCCUCCUUCAUGGAUUUGUGGCCAGUGUCAGCUUAGCCCAGCGCAAGCUGCAGUUAUAAGCCGUCUCAGAAAGCUCAGUGAGGCUUGGAAACACCUUGGUGUUUUACGUGCAGAUGAAAUGGGCCGUGUUGCGGCCAAGCAGGAGCGCCAAGAAGAGGUGCUCAGAGAUCUCUCCAAGAUUGCAGCUUCAAGUGCGGCUGAAGUGAAAAAGUAUCAGAGAAGCCGGAGUGUUGUUCAGCAAGCAAAGCCUGUCAACGAUCGCGGUCAAAUUAUUGGGCGACUAGGAAAGGGCGAUGUUUGCGGAGCCCAACAGAUCAUUGCAGAUAGGGUUAAGAUGGAGGGUCAACCUACUUUUGAUCCAAUGCCUUUUUUAGAUCAGCAAUCGCAACAACUGUAUGAAGAUCCUUUUUCAUCUGGCAUUUCACGAGAAGACUGUUUGGAACCACCCCCAAAGGUGAGAGUUCAUGCUGACAUGGACGAGAAGGUUAAGCUUUUGCGGCUUCUUGAAACUACUGGUCGGCUUGGUUUUUGCAAAGCUGGUGAUGUUGUAGAAGGGUUUGGCAAUGGGCUUUUCUGCGUUCCUAAGAGUACAAAGGUUGACCGUUUGAUUCUGGAUGGUCGACCUGCCAAUCUUUUGCAGAAUCCACCAAACCGUUUUAUCAUGACCAUGGCAUCGCCUUCUGCUAUUUUGGGCAUCCACCUCAAGGACAGUGAGAAAUUAUUAAUGAGCGGUGAUGAUUUGUCAAACUUCUUUUACACCUUCAGGGUCAACAAGCUGAGGGUUGCAAGGAAUUUCCUCGACUGGAAGAUCCCUAUUAAAUUAGCGAAACAGUUCAAAAGUUUUCCUGACGAACUUAGCGGUGAACCCUAUGUUUACGCGUGUUUGGCUUCCUUGGCUAUGGGUGAUUCGGCUGCUUGCGAGUACGCGCAAACAUCACACUUAGCAAUGGCUUUGCAAUGUGGGGCUUUACUCCCAGAACAUUUGUUGACAAUUCAUGGGCGAACCCCUCGGUGUGAUUUUCUCGGUGGUAUCAUUAUUGAUGAUUUUUGCCUUCUUGAGAAGGUCGCGUACGAUGCAGUUUCUGGGGUUGAAGCACCUGCGAGAAGAAAAUUAAUGCACAACAUGUACAACCAGGUUGGUCUUGAAGCGCAUCCCAGUAAGGGCUUUGAAGAACAAGAAGUUGCGUCUUUCUGGGGAGCUGACGUUGAUGGAAAAGUCGGGCUUGUCAGGGGCAACAUUGUUCGGGCUGCGUCCUUAGUUUGGGUUACCGUCCAGAUUGCUUCAUUGGGUAUCUGUAGCGUGUCCUUGCUGGAGAUUCUUGCUGGUGGCUAUGUGUCCUUGUUUGGCUUUCGUCGGCGUAUGAUGUCCUUGCUGGAUUACGUCUACUGUCUGCAGGGAGGUCGUGAUCGUCGGGACAUCGUCAGGUUGCCCUCUGCCGCGGUUGAUGAGCUCUGGUCUUUGGCUAUUUUGUGCCCUUUAGCAGUUACAGACCUUCGUGCAGGGUUUUGCGAAAAGGUGUACAUGGUUGAUGCUUCCAAUUGGGGUGAUGCUGUUGUUUCUUCUGACCUACCUUCCGGUCUACGUGAUGAAAUUCACCGCCAUGGGGUGUCGAAAUCGUGCUGGACAAGGUUGCUGUCGCCCUACAAAGCUCAUCUACGAAAUAAAGGUUUUCUUCCUGUUGAGGAUGAGCUUCCAGGUGAUGAGGUUGCAUACAGUGAACAUCCGGUUUGGGAAGUUGCUGCUCGUGGUCUUGAUUAUCAGCUUGAGUGGAAGUGCCGGGCAAAGGCGGGAAGACACAUCAACAUUGGGGAAUUACGGGCGUAUCUCAAGGCUGAGGUCAUCGGUGCUGGUGCGGAUGGCGACAAGCGGGUACCUAUUGGGAGUGACUCUCAGGUCAGCCUGGGGGCGGUCUGCAAGGGAAGGUCUGCGUCGUCAUGCCUUAAUGCUAUUCUGCGUCAAAGUCUUGCUGAUGUCCUGGGUCGGGGUAUCUAUUCGUCUGGUGGUUACCUUCGGUCUGCGCACAACCCUGCUGAUGACCCAACAAGGGGGGUUCCCUUGCGUGUUGCUGAUGUUGAGUGCCCUUCUUGGUGGUUGAGUGCUGCUGUGGGAGAAUAUUGGGACAUGGAUGAUUUCUUGCUUUCAGAAUCUCUUCAUCCUCGACAACUAGGGGGGUACCCAUGCCUUAACGAAUUGAUGAUCGCUAAGCCUGAUAAUUUCGAUUCUUUGCGUUUGCGGCGGACCAAGUUGCGCCAUAGAGCAGUCAAGGACAGGCUGCGGCUCAGAGCAGCGCAGAAACAAACAGCAUGUAACGAAGUAGGAAGUUGCACCGGUGAGCGCAAACAGUGUGAGACUAAAGAUUCUACCCUUCAGUUGCCCUUUGACAAAGAUUGCUUGUUUGUUUUGGAGAGUUUUGGCAAGGACCAGUUCAUGAUUGGCCAGGACAGCCCUUGGCCCCCAACAGAGAAAGGUUUUCUUAACAUUUACAGUGGAAGAAGGGGUUUUGCAAAAGCUAGCCUGCGAUGUGGUGCGCAAUGGGUCCUCACAAUCGACAUUGCUGAUGGACCGCAGUGCGAUGUUUUGAAAGCAGAAGUGAAACAAAAACUUGAGUAUCUUAUUCGCAGUGGUUGCUUUGAGCAUGUUUCUGCUGCGCCAUUUUGCGGCUCGUUUUCAAGGGCCAUAACACCUGCGGUAAGGUCUCGAGCUCAUCCUAAAGGCAUGCCUGGAGUUUCAAAGAACAUGGUUGCAAAAAUUUUGGAGGCUAACAAGCAUUCUGAAUGGGUGGCUCGGCUCGUUGGCAUUUGCAAAAGUUUGAACAUUGCUUUUUGGGUUGCACAUCCGCAUAACUCAUACAUGUGGAUUCAACCUGAGUGGGCGGAGCUUCGUCCUCUGGAGCAUGGCAACGUUUUUAGAUGCGAUUUCUGCAGGUAUGGCGCGCCAUGGCGCAAACGAAUGCGGUUCCUUGUAGGGCCAAAUAGCUUUUUAUCUGGUACGAAAGCUUUUUGUAUGGGGCAUCACAAACAUUUUCUGCUCCGGGGUCGUGGAGAUGGAACACGCGCAUGCAUGACGAAGCUGGCCCAGCCUUACCCUGAAAAGCUUUGCGCUCAGCUUGCUCAGGCUGUUUGCCUCCAGCUGGGAAGAUUCAAUGGGCCUCUGUCGUUGGCUUGCCGGUGCAACCACAGGCGAAUUGGAGAAGCAAAGAACCCAGGGCCGCUUCGUCGCAAGAGAAUGCCCGAGCCCAAAGAUGUUGCUGACCUUGACCGUGUGGAACUCAUACGUCCAGAGACUUUGGCUUUGGGCCGCGAUCAAUGGCAAAAAUUUCUGGUUUGGGCCCAAGAAGUUUUGGGCGAAUCAGCUUGCGCAUCAUUGUGGGCAGUACCUGGGCUUAUGGUGGCCCUUCUUGGCGCAUAUGGCAGACAUUGGUACAGUGUGGGCGGCUCGCUUUUCAAUUUAAGGCAUUUGCUCAUUUACGCCCAAAGAGUAUGUCCUGUACUGAAAGGGCAAAUGCAACCAGCAUGGACCAUUGUCUCAAAAUGGGAAGAGCUUGAACCUGUUGAGCACCGCAGACCGGUGCCCAUAGCUCUACUGCAUUCAAUGGUCGUGAUAGCGCUGAACUGGAAAUGGAAGAGGGUUGCUGCUGUUUUAUUGGUUUGCUUUUAUGGAUGCUGCAGGCCUGGCGAAGUGUUAAAUGCGUCCCGCAAGUCAUUGGUUUUGCCUGAUGAUUUGGGCGCUGUUCCUGGUUCAGCUUGUUUUUUGCGUAUCGUGAAGCCAAAACCCGGCCGUAGGGGCCUGGGCAGAGUUCAGCAUGUUAAAGUACGAGACUCUUCCAUUUCUCUUUUCUUGGCCAGUGUCUUCGGCGGGCUAGAUUGCAAUGAGCCUUUGUAUCCUGGCUCAGCUUCAGCUUUUCGGGUGAGAUGGAACAAAAUUUUGAAGUGCCUUGGCGUGCCACCAAGCGCAAAGCUGACCCCAGGAUGCCUGAGGGCAGGCGGCACAGUUGAACUUUACAAGCAAGGGAUGCCGAUCCUUGAUAUCUUACGGGUGAAGUGCAUCAAGCGCGCUGACUAUGAACCGUCGCCAGCCUUUUGUCAUGGGUGGAUGAGUGAGCUGUCCUUUUUCUUUCGCUGCGAAUUCUUUGCUUACGAUGGGUGGCUUUUCAGAUCAAUCCUGCAGAGCUUGGCCCACCCACAGGCCACCCGGAUGAGUGAGCUGUCCUUUUUCUUUCGCUGCGAAUUCUUUGCUUACGAUGGCUACCACCAGCUCUUACAGCGCAUUGCCAAAGUUGCUGCGCGGAUUCGCCAAGGAGGAUCAGCUAGUUUGCAUUUUCCGCUGACAGAACUGAGAAUCCACUUUUGCAUCCAAUCCGCAGAGGUGGCAUUGUUUGUGGAGGAGGCAGUGCCCUUGGUGAUUGGCAUGCUGGCAGUGCUUUGGGCUGGGAGGGCCUUUGUGCCUGUGGAUUUGGCACACUGGCCUUGGGAGCGAUGCAAAGUUGUUCUUGAGAUCUCAUGUGCCGCAUCAGCCUUGGCACGGCGAGCGCAAAGGUCGCAAGUCGAAGAGCUUGUAGGUGAUCUCCCAGUCCUUUACUACGAGGAGAUCAACCAGGCGAUUGAAGGUGAUGCAUUUUCUGCGCCCGCGGAGUUGAUGCCCUCGGAUCUCUGCUAUGCGAUCUUCACCUCGGGAUCCACAGGACGUCCAAAAUGUGUGCUUUGUGAGCACCAAUCUGCCUUGGCGUAUGCCCUGGCCAAGGCGGAAGUAGAGGAGCUGGGACCAGGUAGUCGCCAGCUUUUGGCGUCUCAUUUCACUUUCGACCCUGCACAAGGUGAUGUCUUUGGUGCCCUUUGCACUGGCGCCACACUACUUGCCCCGCCGCGUGCAGCCGUGCUGGGCGCAUUGCAGGAAGUCUUGCAGGGAAUGCAAGUGAGCCAUGCCACGAUGACACCCACGCAAUGGGCGUUGCGAGCUGCAGGGGAUUUGCCAAGCUUGAAGCACUUGACACUUUGUGGUGAGCCCAUGCGGAAGGACACCAUUGACAUCUGGGCCAACGCUUUAGCGCUGCGAAACAUGUACGGAGUCACCGAAGCUACCGGAGUGCAGACCUUUCAUCGGAUGCAGCCGAAGGAUCCUCCGAAAUUGGUGGGAAAAGCUCUGCCUGGAUAUGUCGUGGCAAUGACGGAGGAGGGUGAAGUGCUGGUGGCUGGCAAGGGCUUGGCGCGUGGCUACUUGGGACUCCCAGAGGAGACUGCUCGCUGCUUUGUGGAUUGGCCUCUGACAGACGGUCAGAACGAGGUCGCAGGACGUGUGUAUCGCACUGGCGACUUGGCAUCUUGGACGGAGAAAGGCUUCGAGCUACGUGGCCGAAAGGAUCAUCAGGUGAAGAUCUCUGGGGUCCGAGUGGAGACCUUUGAGAUUGAGACCGCAGUGGAAGCUUCUGGUUUGGUGGGAAACUGCACAUGUAUUUUGCAUCAGCAAAAUCUGGUGGCUCAUUGCGUUCUACCACCUGGCACUGCCAUGGACUGGGUGCUGCGUGCCGCCUUGGAAGCACAUGCAGCGAAACGUUUGCCCACGCAGGUGGUGCCGCACUUCUUUGUGGGGCACGAGAAAAUGCCACUGGCACCUGGUGGUAAAGUGGAUCGUCAAGCCUUGAUGGCUGUGUCGAACGAAGAACCAAACCUUGAGCCCUUGACCGAUGCCUUGGAGGAGGAAGUGGCUAACGCUUGGGCUGAAGUGCUCAAGCGCUCCAAGGACUCCAUUGGCGCAAAUUCCAACUUCUUGUGGUUUGGUGGAGAUAGCCUGGCCGCUCUGCGUGCCUGCCGGCAGCUGGCCGAGGAUGUGUUGCUGCCAGCCAUGGAUCCGGUGGACGAGGUGCAGCAGGAGCAGCUGGGCGAGGCAGGGCUCAUGGUCUCUGCUGAAGCCCCGGAAGGUGCGCUUUGCGUCCUGAGUGCCGCCUUGGGACCCUUGGCACCCUGUGAGCUGCUGGCCAGGCCAAUGCUGCGGCAGUAUGCCUCCUUUCUGGCCUCCCAGGGUGUGUGCCACAAGAGCUCAGUAGGUGCUGAGCCGCCGUCUGCCGGAACUGGAACGUCCAAUGAGACAGGAACUUUGCCGGAGCUGGCUCUGGUGGCAGCUGCAGGAGACGGGCGAGAGGAAGUUGUGAGGGCCUUACUGGAGGUUGCUGGCCCUGAUGGCCCUGCUCGUGGUCAGCCCCCACGAGGACAAGCCCCUCUCAUCGCGGCUGCUGCUGCAGGACAUGCAAGCUGUGCUCGGCUGCUGCUGGCAGCCCGUGCCAACGUGCGUGCCAUGACAACGGCACGGACCAGUGCAGCGCAUCUGGCAGCUGCCAGGGCUGACGCUGAACUGCUUCAGCUUUUGUUGAAUGAUCGUGGCCCGGAGGGCGUUGCUACAUGGGCCAGAGAUGCUGACAUGCAAACUGUACUCCACCUAGCUGCAAGGUCAGGCGACCUGAAGUCCAUGGAGUUGGUGCUGUCAAGGGUGAAGGGCCUCAAGGCCAAAGAUGGAGGCCUCGAGGCUAAGGAUCGCUGGGGAAGGACGGCGCUGCAAUGGGCAGUGGCCAAUGGACACCAGGAUGCGGCCGUGUGCCUCAUUCGCAACGGUGCCUUCACGAAGAAUUUGCCCGACGCGCUGCUAGAGGAUCUGCAGGUGAACCUCUCAACACCUUCCAGACCGGGUCAACCACUGGCCUCACGGAAGGUAGUUCAGUCCACCGAGCGCAUUCGAGCACUGGUGGAAAGCCUACCCAAGGCAUCCUGUGAAGCACAGGAACGAGAAAUCUUUGCUCUUACUGCUCUUAGAGUCUCGGCAGAUGAAGAUCAGGGUUUGUUGGGUGGAACUGGGGAAUUCAAGACGAAUGGCAGCCCUGGACCCACCAUGCUGUUAAAUGGCGUGGAUGAGGGGGACGAUGAAUCAGUUUCGACAUGCUGCAAGUUCACUUUGUGCUGCCUGGGUGUCUUUUGCUUGUGCGUUUUCUCGUUCUUUUUGGGCACCCAGUGGGAAGCUGGGACUUCGCACACUGUGAAGCUGGAUGAACAGCUGGAAGAGCUUCAGGACUGGCAGGAGGCCUUUCCCGCGGCCUCGCCGCCAACUACGACCACAACAACUUCCGCGAAAGCUCAAUCUGUGGAGGAUCCAAUCUCCCUGUCCUCCUUGGACUCGAUCGAGAAGGCUCUGGCGUGUAUACGCCUGACAUCUCCACAGCAGGAAGCCCGCUAUCCUGAGGAUGCAGAAAAACAUUUCGAAGAGAUCUAUCACAACGUGACCACCUUUGUCCCCAUGGAUUUUCCGGCGCACGGUUGGGCUGGCUACAAAGGACCUUGGAUCGAGAACCAUUGGAUCAAGAACUUUAGCCAGAGAUGGUUUGAACGUGCAGAAGGAACCAGGUUGAGAGACAUCUUUGGCCCGUUCAUCCCCAUCUUCGUACCCUGGGUUGAUCUGGCAGUCCGUAGCAGGGCCUAUCCGAAUGGGAUGAUUCCGAUGUUGAAAGAGAAGAUGAGAGCAGAUGUGCUGUACAUCACAGUCUCCCAGCACGACUUGGGCAUUUUCUGGGGCGCUAAGAACACGCGCAUUAAAAGAGAAGACUUUCCGAACCUCUUCGUGUUCAGUGCUGGAGGUUAUGGACAUGUUCCAGUGCCCUUGUUGAAGCAGCCGGAAAUGCCACUAGCACAGAUGCCGUUUGCGGAAAGAAGAUACUUUGUGUCUUUCGUUGGUAGCGCUACCAACAAAGCACGUCUCAAAAUGAAAGCUACGGCUGAAGAGUGGAGCAACAGGACCCAGAAGGAGGUGCUGGUGAGCAUGAAACACAUGAGCGAUUGGAAAGAAGUCUUGCAGAAGUCAGCCAUGGCCUUGGUGCCCAGAGGUUUUGGUCGCAGCUCCUUCCGAAUGGGCGAGAUCUUCCAGAUGGGACGGGUGCCCUUGUAUCUCUGGGAUGACGAACCCUGGAUCUUCUACGCCGAAUUGUGGCAGAAGGAACUUAUUGGCUUUAGCUACCGAUUUCCUCAGCUUGAGGAGGCGCUGGAUCACAUUGCGCACCUGGGUCUCAAUCAUGUUGAGACCAUGGAGAAUCGAAUCCUCAGCAUGCGAAACAGCCAUUUUACCUAUGAAGGUAUCAUGGACCAAAUCUCCAAGUUCAUGACGGGCCGCGACGGCGGCAGCGACCUCCGCUGCCAAAAGUACCCUUGGAAGCGGCUUCGCCGGCUACAGAUGGACCCCAGCAGCUGGCUGGAGUGGCUCCAAAGCUGGGCCAUGGAAACGCUGAUUUAGCUGG